GAGCCCCCGCACGUGCCGUACGCGGUGCCGUGGCUUCGCAACACAUUGUCCUUUGUCUGGGACACGGAGGGCUUUGUGGUCAAGAUGCAGAAACGCUUCGGUAUGACAACCCCCUUCCGCAUGGGCGUCGCCGGCGAGUCGUACGUGUACGUGCCAGCCGGCAGCGAAUUCCUGGGUGCGUUGAUGCGGAAGAGCAUCCGCGACGUCAACAACAAGAAGGCCGUGAUGCGGGCGCUGCGCGACCAGUUCGGCGUGCCCGCCGGCGACCUGCCGAUCUGGGCCCUGGACGAGUCCGGGUUCGGUGCCAAGCCCGCGCCGGGGUUCGAGGGCUGGCCGCCCGAGCGCCGGCCGUACCAUUCCCAGCACCGCGACUUCCAGGCCUUUUUGGCCGGCGGCGCCGCGCUGGAUGCCAUGACGGCAAAGUUUGUCGAGUGCUACACGCGCCAGCUCCUCCUCCCCCCCCUCGGGCAGGUUCGAAAUGGUGGAGGCGAAAACGACAACGACAAGCACGGCACGGACUGGAUCGAGGUCCCCGACCUGUACGCGUUUUGGCGGAGGCACAUGUUCCACGCCGCCGUGUAUGCGCUCUGCGGGUCGCACAUCUUUGACGUGUGCCCGGACUUUGCCGACCAGUUCUGGGCCUACGACGAGGCGCUCAGUGUGCUGCUCAAACGCGUGCCGCCGUGGUUGGCGCCGGCCCGGUACGCGGCGCGCACCAAAGCCGUCGAGUCGGUGCGGCGCUGGCAGGCGUCGGCGCGCGCCAAGUUUGACUGGCAUGACCAGGCGGCAGUGGAAGCCGACUGGGAGCCCAUCUACGGCGCCCGCAUCAUGCGCGCGCGCCAGGUCAUGUGGAGGCAGAUUGGCCAGUCCGAGACGGGAAGCGCGGCGACGGACUUGGGCAUGAUAUGGGCCGCAAACUCCAACAUCAUCCCUGCCUCCUUCUGGGCUCUCCUGCACGUGGCGCUCUCGCCCAACGUCACGGCGCGCGUGCGCGCAGAGGUCGAGGCCAGCAUUUCUGCCGCCGAUGCCAACUCCCUCGACAUCGGCCUGCUCUGCUCCAAGCCCCUGCUCAACUCGGUCUACCUCGAGGCUCUGCGGUACAGCGUCGCGUCCACGGUGGGACGCAACGCCGCCAGCCCCGACAGGCCGGUGCGCCUGGGCCCAGGCGGGAACUGGGCCAUGGCCACGGGCACCAGCGCCACGCUCAUCGCCUUCUCCUGGUUCGGCGGCCACGACGCGACGUUCUGGAACGCCGGCCCCGGCGGCCGCUAUCCCGUCGACGCCUUCUGGGCCGAGCGGUUCCUCGCGUACCCGGACGACCCGUCCAGCGGGCCCCUCCUCGCCGCCACCACCGCCACCACCACCACCACGGGAAGUGAGGGAGGAGAAGAUGAAAAUAAUAUCAAGGGGCGCGGCGAGAGGACAGUCGAAGACGACAGGGCGGCGACAGUGGUCACGGCCGGCACGCAGGGACAUUGGUACCCAUACGGCGGAGGCAGCACGCACUGUCCCGGCCGGUUCUUUGCCAAGCAGGAGCUGAUCGCGGCGCUGGCCGUGCUGCUGAUGAAUUUCGAUGUCGAGAUUACCGAUGUUGGCGCGGCGAUGGCGGCGCGGUGUGACAGGCGCUAUUUUCCCCUGGGCGCGAUGCCGCCUGAUGGGAAGAUUCCGGCGCGGAUACGGAGACGG